GUGGUGUUGGGAUGUUAGACGGAGUUAGCUUGUGCUAAUACCAUAAAAUAAAAGGGUGACGUUUAAGCACCUGACACAGAUAUACGUGUUAUCUCUUUACAAUAUUAAAAGUCUGAAUCAAAGCGUAGUUAUAAUAUCCUGGCACUAUGUCCGGGGUGAUUCGGAGACUCGAUGAGACGGUAGUAAAUCGGAUUGCUGCAGGAGAAGUUAUCCAACGUCCUGCUAAUGCUAUCAAAGAGAUGCUUGAAAACUGUUUAGAUGCCAAGGCCACCAACAUACAGGUUACUGUGAGGGAUGGGGGUCUGAAACUUAUCCAGAUCCAGGACAAUGGCACUGGCAUCAGGAGAGAAGAUAUGGAAAUAGUAUGUGAACGGUUCACAACAAGCAAGCUCCAGACAUUUGAGGACCUCAAUGCUAUCUCAACCUAUGGUUUCAGAGGAGAGGCUCUUGCCAGUAUAAGCCACGUGGCCCAUGUGACAAUAACAACCAAAACAGCUGACGCAAAGUGUGCUUACAGAGCCACAUACUGUGAUGGGAAACUAAAAACUCAACCCAAGCCCUGUGCUGGAAACCAGGGGACACAGAUCAUUGCAGAGGAUCUGUUCUACAACGUUUCCACCAGGAGAAAAGCCCUGAAGAACCCCAGUGAGGAGUACUCCAGAAUUGUGGAGGUGGUGAGCAGGUAUGCUAUACACAACUCUGGGAAAAGCUUUUCUGUGAAAAAGCAAGGAGAGACCAUUGCAGAUGUCAGAACCCUACCCAAUGCUUCCAUACUGGACAAUAUUCGUGUGGUAUUUGGGAAUGCAGUCAGCAGGGAACUGAUUGAAUUGGGCUGUGAAGAUCCAAAGUUUGCAUUUAAGCUGAAGGGCUACAUCUCCAAUGCCAACUACUCUGUGAAGAAGUGCAUCCUCAUUCUCUUCAUAAAUCAUCGUCUGGUGGAGUCAAGCUCCUUGAAAAAAGCCAUUGAGAGUGUUUAUGCUGCAUACCUUCCGAAGAACACUCACCCUUUUCUGUAUCUGAGCCUGGAGAUUGCCCCGCAGAACAUUGACGUGAAUGUCCACCCCACCAAACACGAGGUGCACUUUCUCCACGAGGACUGCAUCAUUGACAGUAUGCAGAAACACAUUGAGGCCAAACUGCUGGGCUCCAACUCCUCACGCACAUACUUCACUCAGACCUUGUUGCCUGGCCCGUCGAUCUCCACUAGCGAGGGGAAACCUUCCGCCGGCACCUCAGGGGACAGCGAGCGGGUCUACGCCCAUCAGAUGGUGAGGACCGACAGUAGAGCCCAGAAACUGGACGCCUUUUUCCAGCCGGUGCAAAGCAAAGGGGAGCUAGUGACCACCAAGGACACAGAGGAGAUUGACGAUGCACAAAUCCUGGAGGCCCUGGAGAAACAGGAGCAUGAUUCCUCAGGGGAAAUGGAGGAAACCAGGCCAAAUACUCCAGCUGACCUUCCCAGGAAGCGUACCCGUGCUGACCAGGAGGUGGAGCAGGAGGACCUGACUGCUGCAGCGACGCCUCUGAGACGAAUCAUCAAGCUGAACAGUGUUAAGGAGCUCAGAGAGAGCAUCACUGAGCACGCUCACAAAGGUCUUCAAGAGAUGCUUCAGAACCAUUCAUUUGUAGGUUGUGUCAACCCCCAAUGGACUCUGAUUCAACACCAUACCAAACUGUACUUGCUCAACACCACCAAACUUAGUCAGGAGCUGUUCUACCAAAUUUUGAUCUACGACUUUGGAAACAUUGGUGUUUUGAGGUUAUCUGAGCCGGCACCUCUCUAUGACCUGGCCCUGCUGGCUCUGGACUCAGAGGAGAGCGGCUGGUCGGAGGACGAUGGGCCCAAGGAGGGUCUGGCGCAGUACAUCGUGGACUUCCUGAAGAAGAAAUCGGAGAUGCUGGAGGACUACUUCUCUAUGGAGAUCGACCAGGAAGGAAAUCUCACCGGCUUGCCAUUGCUACUUGACAAGUACAUCCCCCUGAUGGAAGGUCUGCCCAUGUUCAUUCUACGUUUGGCCACUGAGGUGAACUGGGACAAUGAAAAGGAUUGCUUCCGAGACUUCAGCAAGGAGUGUAGCUUGUUUUACUCAAUCAGGAAGCAGUAUGUUCUGGAGGUGGAACUAAGAGAGGAGCAGCAGGAUGCUGUCAUGAACUCGUGGCGUUGGAAAGUUGAGCAUAUCCUGUUCAAAGCCUUCAGGAGCCUCUUCAUUCCACCUAAACACUUCAGUGAGGAUGGCAGUAUACUCCAGAUCGCCAACCUUCCAGACCUCUACAAAGUAUUUGAGAGGUGUUAAGAUAUGACAAAAAAGACGAGUAAUGUAAUUCUGACCCAAAUGUUUGCAUGUUUUAAUUCAGGAACCCAUUUUAUAUUUAUGUACAGUUUAAUAUUGUAAA